UUCGCGCGCGGCUCAGUUGUAUGUCAGAGGGGAAAUCUAGCUGCCUUCCACAGGCGCUGUGAGGAUAGGCUACAUGUUCCGAUUUCAGUCAUUGGAUGAAGACUGUACUCUGGAGGAGGAAGAGGAAGGGUUGGGUGAGGAGGAAGAUGACAUCGACCAGUUCAAUGACGACACCUUUGGAGCUGGUGCAGUCGAUGAUGACUGGCAGGAGGAACAUGCGCGCUUGGCAGAGCUAGACGAGCUGGUGCGGGAUGACCUGGCUGGUGGCGAUGCGUCCAGCGCCGCUCUUCCGCCGCCUCCGGGGAGUGUUCCCCUCCCGUCCUCCUUGCCCUCCCGUCCCCCCGCGUCUACGCUGCCUCCUCCAGGCCUGGAAGAGCGGGGAGGUGGUGAUCUUGCCCAGUCUCUGACUCGUCUGCUCUUGGGGUCGGACCCAGCCAUCGCUGGAGUGGGUGCCGCAGAGCCAGACCGCUCAUGUUUCCCGCCGAUGCCUCACGGCCAGGGCCCACCUCCCUGUGGCCUCUCGAGCGCUGCUGCCCAUUCCCUGCUGAGCUACCAACGGCAUCAGCAUCUCCUGCACAGAGGGCCGCCGCCCAUGCCACAGAUGAACUCGCACAGUAUAUGGGAGAGCAACAUGGGCUUUGGACCUGUCAGUGUUUCCCCUGGAUUGGUCACUCACAUGGAGGACAGCCCCCUGAUGUCUAUCAUGAAGGAGGUGGGGCUGCCGAACAGGCCCCAUCCAAUGCGGGGCGAGGAUGGCCUGGACCUGUCCGAGAGGGUGCCGCCACCCCGUUCGUCUUCGCCAGUCAUUGGUAGCCCUCCAGUCAGAGCAGUGCCCAUCGGAACCCCACCCAAACAACCAAUGAGCCAUGCCCUCAACCAGCAGAUCCAUUGUCCCACUGCGGUUCAUGUACGAGCCCCUAUCCAGCACCGUUACCCUCCUCCCUUCCCCGAGCGCCUCUCUCCUAAUACCCUUCUCAACAUCGCUAACGCUCCCAUGUGUCGGCCUCCGUUUCCUCCCGGGGUCGGCCCUGUUCUCUCCCAGAUCCAGCGGGCCCAGCUCCUCAACUCUCAGGUGGGGCCUUUUCCUCACGGCGGCCCUCCUCCCCCCAUGUUGCCAGGUGGUGGGGGCUUCAGGCCGUUCUUCAGCCAGCCCCCUCCCCGCGUGGGACCGCACGCUGCUCCCCCCCCUAACCACAAUCCCAUCCGGCACAACACCACACACCUCCACCCUCAGCACCGCAGGAUGCUCACACAGAGGAUGCAGAGCAGGGGUGACCGAGGUGGUAGAGUGGGGGAUCGGCGCAGCAGGGAUCCAUAUAGUAAUCUGAUGAGCCAGAAGGAGAAGGAGUGGGUAGCACGUAUCCAGAUGAUGCAGCUCCAGAGCACUGACCCUUACCUGGAUGACUACUACUAUCAGAACUAUUAUGAGAAGAUGGAGAAGCGUCUGGAGAGGGACAAGGACACCAGCCGGAAGGAGCCCACCACCAAACUCAUCACCCCUCAGGUGGCAAAACUGGAGCAGACGUAUCGCCCAGUUCAGUUUGCUGGCUCUCUGGGAAAGCUUACCGUUUCAAGUGUGAAUAAUCCCAGGAAGAUGAUCGACGCCGUUGUCACCACUCGCACUGAUGAUGAGGAAAAGAGGGAAAAGCAGGUGUGGAAUAAGAGACGUCAGAUUCUCUACAUUGUGGAAAAGAUGUACAGUUUGUUGCUGGAGGUGCAAGACUUUGAGAAGAAGUUCCUGCAGACGGCGGAGGAGCAGCGGGAGGCCCUGCUGGAGCAGCACAAGACCCACACGCUGCAGCUCUACAACUCCCUCAAGGAGAAGGAGUGGGACGACAGAGUCAGUGAUGAACAGUGCCUGAUGAUCAUGUCGGUGAGGAAGGGCAAGCGCCUCAUCUCCCGGCUGCUCCCCUUCCUGCCCCCUCCACAAGCUGCUGCUGUCCUCAUGGGCAUCGCCCGGAAUCUGCCCGCCCUGGCAAAGAAAGACAAGCAGGACCAGGUCCUGUGCUGGUUGGUUGAACCCGUUGCUGUGGUGAUCCAGGCCAUGUCCAGCUCUGCCCUUACAGACCUCCUACAGGAGUUACAGGGCAGUGAGGGCCAGCUUCCCAGAGUACUGCAAAACAAGUUUGGUGUGACGUUGCUUUACCUAAUUUUGAGUGAGGGGGAGAGAAUGCAGAGCUCGGAUCCCAACUGUCAGCUAAUGGAUGAUAAUCGAUGGACAGAGUUGGUGUUUUCUGUGACCCGAGAGCUGUUGAAGGUCCCCUCGUCAUCACUCUCUCCUCCUCUCUUCACACCUCCCAACCUCCUCUCCCUGUUCUCUCGCUAUGUAGACCGCCAGAGACUGGAGCUCUUACAGGAGAAAUUACAGAUCACUGCAUUAUCCAGGUAGAAUUGACUUCAGACAUCAAGAUUCUUUUAUUCUGAGGCUGACUGUUAGUGUCCAGUUGUCGUGAGUGAAUGACUGUGUGAAGUGGCAAAGACAGGGGUUCACCCAGCAGAAAACUAUUGUCACUUAUUCUUUUUAUUUUUCUUUGUGUUAAAGUAGGUGUGUCAGUGUAUGUGUAUGUAUGUGUGUGUGAAUGCGAGACAUGAAGUUUGAAUGAUUACACGACGUCCGCUUUUUUUGAAUCAUGUUAACAUUGAUGCCUGUUAUAAAAAAAUGAAAUUAAUAAAGUAUUUCUAUUGUUUAAAACAA